GAUUUUAAAUGCCAUUGUUUUACUGUUAAUUUCUAGUGUCAAAUCACAAGAUGAAUGAUUUGUUGGUCCAUCUCUGAAUUGCUGCAAAAUGACUUACCAAAGUAGCGUGUUCAGUUCUAAAGUAAUCUAUGUAGUAGAUUCAAACCCUUCUAACGUGUUGGUCCAAGGCACACCCUGCGCUGACCGUGACAGUUUGAUGAUCGUGCCAAGCUCUUCCAUUAAAUUCGGUGAUGAUAUCAAGCCAAGUCAGGCGGGAGCUCCCACGCCCUCUCCCCACAGGACGAUGAACGACGCAUCUCAGCACUCGUAUGAUAAGAAAAAAAAUACCAAAUAUAAGUGUUUCAACGAAGAGACGCUGCCAAGUUCUGCUCUAAGAGUCCAGAAUCCUGAUGUUGUUAUAUCGGAUUAUGGCGACGAAGGGGCUAAAGAAUCAACUCGUCCUCACAAUCUCCCUGAUGCCAGUAUGGAUCAGGUCAACCCUACGGCAGAAAUAUUUUCCAUUGAUGGAUGCGGCUCAGGGUUGUUUAUAACGGAUGCGUCAUUGACGGGUGACGUGAGGUCCGAGGACGGAGGUCUGGUGGACGAAAAGCAAAGGAUUCUGGAGGAAUGUAAAAAUGAAUCAUCGAGCUAUCCUGUAGUAGAGCUAAGCAUCACACGUGACGGCGCCCUGUGGUCAUGUCCGUAUUGCGGUGGAGAGAUUGGGUCGAGCCACGACGAGGCAAAGGCUCACUUGUUACGGUGCGGGAGCUCAGACGUCAGAGGCCUGACAUGUGAGAUCUCAAGAGGAGUGUCGCCUACUGCCGCUGAUGCAAGCAAUCAAGUCAGGGAUGUUUCAAUGGUCGCAAAUUACGAUUAUGGAGAACAUGAUGCUGCUGCAGAUCCCGCGUAUGGGAGCAUGUCCUCGGGAGAACAAUACGGCGAUGGCGAUAAUGUGUGGAAAUGUCCGGUGUGCGGCGAAGAAGUCUUCUCUCUUGCUGAUCAUUUAUCUGUGCAUGGAAAAAAUGAACUCAUCGGCGUCAUCAUGAGAACAGCGGUGCCUUACUAUCGUUGCGUGGCCUCCGAAGACGACGGCGACGUUCAUAUCAUCGGCGACUUCUGUGGCCCUGGUGAGACUGGAGUCGUGGCCGCCGCUGAAGUGGAGGCAUUACAGAACGGAAUACAAGAAUCCAGUAUGACUGAUCACAAUGACGUUGACGAAGACAACAAAUUCUUGCCCAAUCAAGAUAGAAAUUGGCAACGAUGUUCUAAGAAAACCUAUUUCACUAAGAAAUCUACUGGCCAAAAAGGCCAUCGCGGAAGGAGAAAGGACAAUCCCAAGAACGAAGAAAGUUCCAGGAAGCCGUUGCGGCAAUGGUCGAGUCGUGCUCCUCAUCCUUGUGAAAUUUGUGGUAAGGUAUUAAGCAGCCGCGGCAACGCAGCCAAACACUUGUUGCUGCACAGCAGUUCUAAGCCCUGGAACUGUUCAGCUUGUGAGUUAGGCUUCAACUCACAACGGGACUGGCACUACCAUCAGCUACAGAACCACUCGAAGCACCGACCGCACACAUGUCCUGUCUGCUCCAAAUCUUUUGCGGUGCUCGCUAACCUCAAGGAACACAUGAUCUUCCAUGGACAGAAGACCAAAUCCUGCGACAUUUGCGGCAAGAUGUUUUGGACAGCGAAGUGCGUCACGCGACACAAGAAGCGGCAUUACGCUGAUAAGAAGUAUGUCUGCUCACUCUGCCCUAAAGCUUUUGCGAUAAAAUGGGAUUAUUCAUUACAUCUGAAGAAAGUUCAUGAGCCAACGGUAGGUAUUAGCUGAUUAUAUAUAAUUUAAAUGUUAAUAUUUGUAAUGCCCUUUCCUAGUAAUUGUUGCGAACACGCUUCCAAACACUAGCGAAAUUUCCUAUUGCUGUUAACACCAGGUCGUGCCAGGUAGAGUUUAACCUUAUUCUCAAUGAUUAUCUAUAGCAAUAACCUGGUUAACGCUCAAGGCUACUUUGUGUUAAAUGCUCGUUUUGUAUGAAGGGUUCAUAAUUUGUAAUUUUACAUGAUUUAUGUCUUCAAAUAAUAUUUUUCGAACAUCUUUUUCGUUUUUUCAUCAAAGGGAACAACAAGCGGGCGUUUUUGAGAGGCUAAAUUUGUUGUUUGAACUUUUUAACUCAAAACGAUAAAUUAAGUUUAGUUUGCAUGUUGAAUAGCAAAACUUAUUACCAUUCAAAUAAAGUGAAGUGUCGUACUAUGUCAGCGUUUGUUGAAAAUAAAAUCCACUUAUUAUU